CGUGUAUUCUCUUUAUGAAAAUAGAACAUUGAGAGACACAUUGUAGUAGAAUACACGCUGGAUUUUGCCACUUUUCAUUAUGUCUAAGAGCAAGAAACUUACGAAAGAAGAGGAAUUACUAUUACAAGACUUCGGUCGUAAUGUCUCAACGAAAUCAUCCUUGUUGUUCUACUGUAAUGCGUUUUUUGUUUCGGCUGUACCACUGUGGUUAUUCUGGCGUGUUCAUGAAAUGGAUCCACAAGAUUCAGUGAUUUUGUUCACGGUUAUGACCUUGAUUUGCACUUGGUUUAUUUCAUUUGCUUAUAAGAAUAUCAAAUUUCACUUGAAACACAAGAUAGCCUUGAAGAUAGAGCAUGCUGUGACCCGUGAAGUUAACCAUCAACUAGAUUCGAAACCUGAGACGAAAAAGUUGACCAGACAAGAAAAAGAUGAGAGAAUCCUAUGGAAGAAGAACAAUGUUGCAGACAUGGAGGCUACGACAUAUUCCAUCUUCUAUAACAACACUCUCUUCCUGUUUUUGAUGUUGAUAAUGUCUUUCUAUGCUCUAAGAUCUUUCAACCCUGGAGUUAAUUACGUGGUGUCCACAGCAGCCUCUUCUGGACUUGUUGCUCUCUUAUCAACAUCAUCAUCAGCAACAUCAUAAAUAUGUUGAUAUUCUAUCACUACUAUUUUCAGUUUUAGAAAUAAAAGUGGUCCAAUUUGACCAGAUUGUAUAAUUA